UAUAAUUUACUAUAUCUCAUUAUAUUUGCAUUUAUAAUUAAUCAAAUCUGAAUUAUUUUGAGAUUAAUUUCACUUUUUUAGAAAAAGGCAUAAUGUGGUUGUUCCCUUUGCCUAUCCACAAAAACAAUCGGUUAAGAAAAUUUGUGAGUUAUUGAUCGUGUAUGUUGUGAAUUUGUUAUUUAUUUGUAGGUACCUACCUACCUAUCUAUCGCGACGCUUAGUAGCUUCGGCCACUAAAUAAUAUUCAGAUUAAAUUUUAAAUAAAGCAAAAUAUAUGGAAUAAUAAAAACGUUAUACAAACUACGAAUGUGAUCCUAUACCAUAAAUCAUUUCUUAGAAGUUCGGGCUUUAAAGAAGCUCUCAUGAUGUUGGGUAAUGUGAGAAAAGUAGCUAAAGUUGUAGUACUGGGGGACAUAGGGAGGAGCCCCCGUAUGCAGUAUCAUGCAUUAUCUCUUGCUAACAACGGCUUAGAUGUGAAAAUUAUUUCAUACGUCGAGACCGACCCACUCCCUGAAGUCCUAAACAACCCGCAUAUUACCGUCAUAAAACUUCAUCCUUUCGAACUGAAAUGGGGCCCUGUAGUACUCAAAUACAUUGCCAAAACUUUAUGGCAGAGUGUAAGCUUAAUGUUUACCCUAUUCCUUACUGGAAGGUGCGACUAUUUGUUGGGCCAGAACCCACCCGCCAUACCAUCCUUGCCAGUCUUUCGUUUGUAUUGCAUGGUUUCAAAGGCCCAGUUUGUGAUCGAUUGGCACAACUAUGCAUACUCAAUAAUGGCCAUGACUCUUGAACCGGACCACAUGCUUGUGAGAAUGGCUAGAAGCACUGAAAGAUUUUUCGGUCAAUCUUCUCACUUCAAUCUCUGUGUCACCUAUGCCAUGAAGGAAGAUUUGCUGCAGAAUUGGAACAUCAAUGCUGCUGUCCUUUACGACAGGCCACCUAAGAUAUUCAAGCCACUGACGUUGUUGGAGAAGCACGACUGGUACGUCAAGAUGGCUCAGAACUACCCCAUGUUUGGAGCAUCCAAACACGAGAAACCGAAUGAAGCUUUCGAGAAAACUGCCUUUACUGAGUAUGUGGACGGCGUUCUGAAACCACGACCCGAUAGACCCGGCAUCAUCUUCAGCAGCACCAGCUGGACUCCUGAUGAAGAUUUCACUCUCUUGAUGGAAGCCUUACAAGUUUACGAAACAACCUACUCGUUAACCAAAGUUCUUCCGCGUCUGAUCUGCGUGAUCACCGGCAAGGGCCCCAUGAGGGAGUACUACCGCCAGCUGGUGGACUCCAAGAAGUGGAAGAACGUGGAUGUCGUCACACCCUGGCUCGACGCGUCCGACUACCCAAGAAUGGUGGCUAGUGCUGACCUCGGAGUGUGCCUGCACACCAGCUCCUCCGGUCUCGACCUCCCGAUGAAAGUCGUGGACAUGUUUGGAGCUGGUCUUCCUGUUUGCGCCUUCAACUUCCUGUGCCUGGACGAGCUGGUGGAGGACGGCGUCAACGGCUUCACGUUCAAGACCGGCGACGAGCUCGCCAAAUUGGUCGUGAACUGGUUCACCGGCUUCCCCGACAACCCCGAGCAGAUCGCGCUCGCCGAGAGGAUGCGCCGCGAGCUCGCCAAGUUCCGGGACUCGCGCUGGGAGGACAACUGGGACACGCGCGCCAAGAAGAUCUUUGAAAACUGAAGCGGGGCCAAGCCCUCGUGCGACUUCGAUCUCUAGACUCAUUCCGCAAAUAAAUUAAAUCGCCUCAAAUUGUUUAUCUUAAUAUCCGCUACUAAGGUAGAAGAAUGUUUUCUUGUUUCAGUCACUGAAGGUGGCCUAGAAAUAUCUUCAAUAAAAAAAUACCAAAAAAAAAGUUAUUUAAUCAUAUUUAUAGUAGUCUUUAAUGGUUCGGCGCUCACGUGGCGCGGGAGACGUGCUCGGGGGGCAGCGGGACGGGGUUGGGGGGGCGGACUGAGCACGUGCAGUGGACGAGGCCUCAUAGUCUCGCAAUAUAUAAAUGUAAUCAACAAUUAGCUCGUUUACAAUAAUCAUUGUAUUCUCAGUAAUUAAUCUUGGAUAUCUUGUAGGACAAGUAGUAGUCUGUUGUACUCUGUGUUUAUAGAAAUGGUUGACGUGCGAGUUUAAAUUUCAAGUUGGUGAUGAUAUAAAUUCCAUUUCAAUGUUUAUAGACCGUCGCAGCCAUGUUCAAUUAUACUGCAAUGAAGUAUCACUUUUUUGUUUUUCGUUUUUGUAAUUGUUAACUUACUUUUUUUUCCUGUAGUUUACAACGUGUAUGUAAUGAUGUGAUGUGACGAAUUUAAUUAAUGUUGAUUAGGAUUGUUUGAAAUUAUUUUAGGUUAAGUUUAAGACAUUUUCAGUAAAUUUGUUUUUGCGAAAUAUAAAAAUACAUAAUAUAUUCAGUGUUUAGAUCUCGUAGAGCAGUUGUAGACGGAGCUCGCGCCUAGCAUCUGCGGGUUAAAUAAAUAUCAUGGAUUCA